AUACCUCGUCAAUUCUAACCGAACAAACAUCAAUACCGUAAUAAACCAACACAAUACGGAUCAAAUUCCAGACUCACAAAAAGUAAAGGAAACCAAACAAAAGUCUUUGUAACUGUUCGGUUUUUCAGUUCACUUGCAACAAAACAGUGUGCCGUCAACAAAUCUGCUUCCUGCAACUUGAACCUCACGACAGCAAACCAACAAAAACUCCUAUUUCCACGCAUUCCCCUUCCUUAAUUUCAUCAAAAUUCACUCAUCUUUUUUCAUCCUUCACCCAAAUCUCCUAUGGCGGAGGUUUCUUACCUCCACCUUCAUGAACACGAUGAUGAACACGACGAUGCCUUCGAUUUCUUGUGCCGCACGGAUCGAAACCCUCCUCCGGUUUCGCCCAACGACGACCAUUCGAUCCUGUUCGACCGCGAAAACCAGGUCAAUUUCGUGAUUGACAUGUUUCACCAGAGCGUCGAACAAUCGCAGUCGCGUGCCAGCGAUGGUAAUGAUCGGAGAUCACGUGGGAAUGAUUUGGGGGUAUUGGGAUUAGGAUUUGAUGAUGAUAGUAACAACGGUGAUGAUAAUUCGGGGUUUAUGUUUGCGGAUUGUUGGGAUGAUUUUUUUGUGUCUCGGACAGAUAAUCUGUCCAAUCGGUCAGAAUAUCUAUCCGGGGGAUUCCCUGGUUUAGGAACAGAUUCUGAUUUUCUGACAGAGAAUCAGAAUCCAAUUCCCAAUGCCAAUGAUGAUUUGGAGUGGGAGGAAAUUGAUGAUCAUGAAGCAUUAAAUAUGAUAUCGGGAUCCGAGCCUGACGAGGCCCGCGAACCCGAAGGACAACCCAAUGGUUUGGAGUGGGAGGUUUUGUUAAACACCCGCAAUCUUGAACCGAAUCCGGAUUUAGCGGAUUAUAAUUACACGGACUACGAGAUGUUAUUCGGGCAGUUUUUAGACAGUGAUUCGUCUUCUUCGGGUCGUCCACCGGCUUCCAUAACGGUUGUGGAAAAUCUUUCGUCCGUGGUGAUAACGGAUGAAGGUUUUGAAAACAAUACGGUUUGUGCAGUGUGUAAAGAUGAAAUCGGCGUUGGGUUGAUAGCGAAGAAGCUUCCGUGUGAUCAUCUUUACCAUGGUGAUUGCAUUCUUCCGUGGUUAGGGAUCCGGAACACAUGUCCGGUUUGUCGCUAUGAACUGCUAACGGAUGAUCCUGAAUAUGAACGCAGGAAGGCAGAGAGUGGUGCUAGUGAUUGAUAAAUAUUGAAAAGGUUGUGUAUGAUUUUGAAGGUGUUUGUUGGAAUGUGAAGUGUAGAUGGUGUUACAUUAUGUAAUGUGUUGUUUUGUGAAUUAUAUAUAUGAUUGUUUGACUGGUA